GGUGGCGAAUUUCGCCAGAUCGCGGCGCGGCGCGGAGCGGCGGGGCCCGGCCCGGCCCGGCACCCACCCGCGGUGGGGCUGAGCCCUUGGGUUUGAAGACUCGUUGGCAUCACUGAGACUGGCACGUGGACCUUCAAGAGAAGAGACUUUCUGGCAGCCCUGCUCUGCCAGACCCUGUCCACCUGACCCUAUGACUGGAGGGUUCACCGUAGCUCCGUCCUUUGCUCUCCAGUUCCACAAGAUGGGUUCGUUCAGAAGGCCCCGACCUCGCUUCAUGAGCUCGCCCGUUCUCAGUGACCUGCCGCGGUUCCAGGCAGCCCGGCAGGCUCUGCAGCUCAGCUCCAACUCUGCCUGGAACAGUGUUCAAACAGCAGUGAUAAAUGUGUUCAAAGGGGGAGGCUUGCAGAGCAAUGAACUUUACACCCUCAAUGAAAAUAUCAGACGGCUGCUGAAGAGUGAACUUGGAUCCUUCAUCACAGAUUACUUUCAGAACCAACUCCUUGCGAAAGGCUUGCUGUUUAUAGAGGAGAAGGUUAAGCUGUGUGAAGGUGAGGAUCGCAUUGAUGUCCUGUCUGAAAUCUGGGAUCACUAUUUUACAGAGACUCUUCCUACACUCCAGGCAAUAUUCUACCCAGUCCAGGGUCAGGAGUUGACUAUCCGUCAGAUUGCUCUUCUUGGCUUCAGAGACUUGGUCUUGCUAAAAGUAAAGUUGGAAGACAUUCUUCCUCUGGUCCAGACAAAGCUCCCAGCUUCCAUUGUCCAGAUGCUGUUAAUUCUGCAGAGUGUCCAUGAGCCUACUGGCCCCAGUGAGGGCUACCUACAGCUGGAAGAACUGGUCAAGCAGGUGGUAUCGCCGUACUUGGGCUUGUGUGAGGAUCACAGCUUCUCUGGUAGCACCUGCUUGCUUGAGAGACGGUACUCCAGAUUCCGUCCUAAGACUGGUGCACUGAAUUAUUCCUCUCACGUGGUGACGAGCCGGCAGCCUAGCGAGAUGGCCCUGACCCCAGUGACAGAGCAGGAGGGCGAGGCUUACCUGGAGAAAUGCGGGAGCAUCCGUCGCCACACGGUUGCCAACGCUCAUUCAGACAUUCAGCUCCUGGCAAUGACCUCCAUGAUGCACACGGGCAUGGUGACUGAGGAGCCAGACAGUACCGACAAAUGCCUCCUGCUGCAGCCCGGUUUCAGCCACAGGCAGUGCUCCAGUGAGCCCAGUAUUGCCGACGGGCCAGAGGGAGUCGUGGCAGCAGGUAGGCAGGACCCUGCCGAGCUGAACUGCACGUCGGUCAGCUAGAGGAAGUCUGACUGAGGAGAGGAGAACUGUAUGCACUAAGCUGGACAAAGUGUCAUGUCAUCCCUGCUGGGAAAAAAAAAAGGAGAAAAAUCUGCAUUUGGCUCAUGUCAUUGAAAUUGCUGUGAGCAAUCUUACGGCUCUUUGGGAACGCUCUCCAACUUUGUUUUUCUUGCCUGUCUGGGAUUAUUGUUGAUGGAGGUACCAGACUGAUCCCAAACGGGCACUGAGGACUGCAAAGAUUUGCUGUUCAACAGCGCAGUCUACCUUCUGUAAGCUUCCUUCCUCUGCUAGUCCGAACCCUUUGGCCUCAGGUUUCCUUCUGUUUCUUUGGUCUGAUACAAAUUAGCCCCUUUCUGCUUUUCUGCAUCUUUCCCAGCUUUGUGCUGCUUGUUUGCUCUUCGUUCCUGCAGCAGAGCUCUGUGCUGAAUCUUCUCUUUGCUUCUGGCGCUAGGGUGGUGUUGGCCGAGGACUGCAUUUUUCUCUUUCAAAUUUAAACUCAGGGAUGAAACCGUUUGCAUCCUGCAGAAGGAUCUGCUCAGGUGGCUUGUGAGAGAAGGAUAGCCUUCACUUUGCCUCCCACAGGCAUGGAUGAAAAGUCCAAAUCUGAACAAAUCAGACUUUUUUUUUCCCCCCCAGACCUGAAGAGAAAUGAGUACUUCAUACGAACUUUAUUUGGUUCCAGUCAUAUCUUUGGAGGUGGUGGUGUAAACUGGGUGCAAAGGAGGGGUGGGUGUGUAAACUGGGGGGGGGGGGCGCAAAAUAUAGUCCUGAGCAUCCUGGCAUUUGACAUCAAUUUACUCUCAAAAAUGUUGUUGGUGGUAGGGCUAUGGUGAAUCUAAAUGGAUUCCUUUGGGAAGGAGACGCUGUGCAGGGUCUGUGCUUGUGUGGGUGACAUAAAGGUGCUUCUCAGCACUGGGCCAUCACGAUUCCCAGACCAGGAGGUGACGAGCAGGAUUUCCUCCGUGGGCUGCUCUGGUACUUUCAGCACUUGCAGAUUUUGUGAGACCAAAAAUAACCAGCGGGGUGUAGAAAGGAGCCCUGUCUCGAUAGCGUAUUCAUGAAGUGCUCCUGACCUCCAGUGGUAUCUGACUGGGCGCAGUGUUGCUUUUAAGAUAGAGCAAGGGCUCUUUGCAGUCUUUGUUUUUGUUUUUAUUUUGAAGAUUAGGAGCAGGUCCAGUUUGCAAGUGCCCGUGUCAGGCACUGCAGUCCGCAGUGUCUGCUUUGUAGCGUCACUUGGUACUCAGAUGCUGCUUCUGUGGGAACAGAACCAAUCUGUUUGAGCAGUCCUCCGGGAUACUCUGCUGAUGUCUUGCUAAGCAGAUUUGCAAGUGUAAUUACAAGCUUAGAGGUGAACUGAAAUGCUGCCUUAAAUGUCAAAUCCCGUUAAAAAUACGGAUAUAACACCACUGCCACUUGAAUCUAGUCCCUGUGGUACUGACUGUAAAUAAAUCUGUCUUGACAAGGAAACAGAAGGUUAGGAUGAGCCUUCAGGGUGGUUUUUUUGCAUGCCUUGACAUCAACUGCAGAAUUUGCCCUGCCUCUGUUGGGCAUUAAGCAUCUUCGGCUCUACUGGCUGCACUGAAAGUACAGCUCAGACCUGUCAGGAUUUGGCUUUAGUAGCACGCGCGACAAAACCGAAGCAGAUUAUUAUUUGGGAACAAAGCAGCAGAAAUACCAAGCGAUGAGCACAAGUCACACUGUCUUUGUAAGCGAGGGUGGUGGUUUGUCUCCUGUGGUUUGCAAAUGUUGAAAGAGAUACUUGAAAGGGCCUGUUAUUUCUUGCAGUCACCUAAGGUAGCCGGGCCACUGGCCUUUGUGGAAACGCCAAGUGUUUGGCUCACCAGCUGUGCUUACAUGUUGAAGAACAGAGAGCUGGUUGUGCUGGCUGCCUCCUCCUUGGAGCAGGCACAGUCCCGCGGAGACCGGGAAGAUGUGGCUUUCAGCGGUCUGCCCUUCAGAUGGAUACUAGGAUAAAUCGCCCUUCUAUUCAUAAAUCGGUCUGACCAGGCCAGCUUGUCAUCUGCCCCAGGGUGGCCAUGGAUUGUGGUGCAGCUUCAGAGCCUCGGUGAUGACAGCCAAGCCCAGCAGACCAUGCUGGCCUCACCUUGGCGCUGUCCGCGCAGCGUGGGGCGGGUGAUGGCGUCCUGCUCAAAAGGGAUUUCUUUGGCCCCUUGCAGUGGUUUAAAGCCUUCUCUUAGUCACCGUGGGACAUGUGGGGAAGUGACCACCCUGCAGCAUUUCAGUUCACUCUUAGGAGUGCUUUCCUUCUUUCUCUUUCUCCUCUAACCCAUUUGCCUUCUGUAAAUACCCGAACCAUUUGGAUUAGUGAGCAGCGCCCUCUUUUAUGGUGAAAAUUAGAAUGAUUUAUUUAUUUCCUGAUGUAUUCUUGGAUCAUUUCUAGGGCUAAUAGGAAUCCAGUCCUGGUUUUAACUUGAAUUUCUUUUGUUUUACAUGUCUGUAUAAUUUGAAUUAUUUUGAUUUUUGCGUCUGUUACUUUGCAACAAUUUGCACCGAGCCACUCCGAAUCAUGCACUUCCCCCCGUUGUUUUGUUUUGGUUUUUUUUUUUUUUUUUUAGGGAGAAUUAAAGCUGGUGGCUUUACUUU